UCUUAGUCGACUAAGCCUGUCUCGCUCAAUCUGCCGCCCAUCGAAAAUUUUCUUCAGAUUACACCAUAGCUGGACCUUAAAGAGAGAGCCCCGCGUCUCCGCGUUGAAGCAGAGAAGCCGACCAAUCAUGGCGGAGCAGAAACCUGUAGGCGAAGGCAUGGGCGAAGGUUCGAGAGAGGAGACCGCCACCGGGGACACGGAGGAGGAUUUGCAGGAAGGUAGAAUGGAGCUGUCUUCCAUAAAGAUACUUCUUAAUAGCAUCUCAUGCUUUGGUCUUUUAUCUUCCAGUAAUGCCAUAAAAGCAGAAAUAGUUAAAAGAUACUGCCAAAAAAUUGAUGAGAUAUUGAUGUUGUUGAAGCUUGUGUUGGAGGAAGCCGUUCUCUACGAGAUAAUUCCCGAUGCGAAACUAACAGAAGUACUGAUCCAACUCGAUUCUAUCGUUAAUGAAGCCAGCGAGCUGCUUCGAAGCUGGCAUGAGACGAUGAGUAAAGUUUAUUUUGUGAUCCAAAAUGAGCCAAAGAUAACCAAAAUACAGACAUUAGCAGUUAUGGCUUGCCAACAACUUAAAUCUUCAUACCCUUCUGCUAUAUCUGCAGAAAAUGUUGGGACUUUUACGAAGAAGAUUGAGUCAGUUCAUCAUGAAAAAAUCUCGGAUAAAAUAAAAGUGCUCAUCGAAAAUCAUAUCAAAACGCCAUUUUGGUCCGAAAAUCUGGAGAAAAUUUCAAACUUUUUGAGCUUGUCAUCUAAUGAGGAAUUGCUCAUGGAGGUUGUUUCGCUUGAUAAGCUUAAAUCAAAGCUCGGGCGAAGCGAAAGUCAUACGGAACUGGAGCGCAUUGAUCAGAUUCUGGAACUCAUCACAUAUAUGCAUGAUUGUCUCAUUAAAUCAAAGCAGCUACAGAGCAUUAAUGGCGUCCCGGUUCCUCCUGACUUCUGCUGUCCUCUCUCUCUCGAAUUAAUGUCUGAUCCCGUGAUUGUCGCAUCGGGACAAACUUACGAGCGGGUUUAUAUCAAAAAAUGGCUUGAUCGAGGGUUUAAUGUUUGCCCCAAAACUCGCCAAAUGCUAGGGCACAGUAAUUUAAUCCCGAAUUAUACCGUGAAGGCGCUCAUCGAAAACUGGUGCGAAUCAAACGACAUCAAGCCGGCUGAUCCGGUAAGAUCCACGGCUUUCAUCAGCCAUAUAGAUAUGAAGCCAGAAAACGGUGUUUCAUCAGCUAAGGAUCAUCUUGCUUACUCUAAUGGAAUCCACCAUGAAAGUUACCUGCUCGAGGAGAAGCCGUCAUCUUCUAAGCUCCAUUCUACAGAUCCAAGCUCCACAGGCUCAUCUUUUCAGGACCCGAAUGAAUCUGGAUCCAGUGAUCAAAUUCCAACUCAUUCCAAGGAAGAUUUUUCUCAAGACAGUCAAAUUCAGGAACGAAUCCGCGGCAGUUUUAGUUCGAAUUCUGUUCUAGAAAACGAGCGUCUGAGAUCCGUCUAUCGCGUUCACAGUGAUCUUACUCAUGCUAGCAGUGAUGAUUCAGGCGAUGCUCCUCCUUCCUCUGCUCCUCAGAUAGAACCCAAGCUCACCGAUGCUCGCUCCAGAUGUCAAAUCUUCUGGCGACGCCCGUCCGACCGCUUUAAUCCGAAGACAAUCUCUUCACCCUCUGUUGAUACCAAACCGGAUCUAUCUGGCGUUGAGACGGAGGUUCGGAAACUGGUGGCGGAUCUACGAAGCGAAUCCGUCGAUACACGAAGAUCUGCCACAGAAGAUCUGAGACUUCUCGCGAAGCAUAACAUGGAGAACAGAAUCGUGAUUGCCAAUUGCGGAGCCAUACCUCUUCUAGUUGUUCUUCUAAAUUCAACUGAUCCGAAGACCCAAGCGAAUGCUGUAACCGCUCUUCUAAACCUAUCGAUCAACGACAACAACAAGAUCGCCAUUGCUAACGCAGACGCCAUCGAUCCUCUCGUCCACGUGCUCGAAACCGGAAAUUCGGAAUGGAAAGAAAACUCAGCCGCGAGGCUCUUCAGCCUAUCCGUAAUCGAAGAAUACAAGGUGCGGAUCGGACGCUCCGGCGCCAUCAAACCAUUGGUGGCGUUGUUAGGUAAUGGGAGUCGUCGCGGGAAGAAGGAUGCGGCUACGGCAUUGUUUAAUCUGUCGACAUUUCAUGAGAACAAGGCGAGGAUUGUGCAGGCGGGGGCGGUGAGGUAUUUGGUGGAUCUGAUGGAUCCGGCCGCCGGCAUGGUUGAUAAGGCUGUGGCUGUUUUGGCGAAUCUUGCAACGAUUCCGGAAGGAAGGACUGCCAUUGGAAGGGAGCAUGGGAUUCCUGUGCUGGUGGAAGUUGUUGAGUUGGGUUCGGCGAGAGGCAAGGAGAAUGCUGCAUCGGCUUUGCUUCAGCUCUGUACGAAUAGCAAUAGAUUUUGUAGCACGGUUCUUCAAGAAGGGGCUGUUCCGCCAUUGGUGGCACUGUCUCAGUCCGGCACGCCUCGCGCUAGAGAAAAGG